CCGGCGUAGAGAGGGGGGGGGGAAGCGGACACGAAGCGAGCGAGCGAGUGGAAAAAGAAGAAAGUGUGAGCCGGAGAAAGAGAGAGGGAGCGGGCAGAGAGAGGCAGAGCUGGCAUCGGUACUUUUGUUCCUUUCAGCAGCUCCGCGUUUCUGGACCGAGGAGGAUGACGAUGAUGAAGAUGGUGAUGGUGAUGUGGAGGAGGAAUCGAACAUGCGACAUCGCCACCACGCACGGGCUGAAUUGUUAGACAUUCCGUCGCUCCGGCUCGACUCCGGACAAACUUCGACCUGCGCCAUUCGGUCGCAGGCGAGCGGAUCGUCCCCUUCCCUCCGCCUCCGGAGACCCGGGGCAACUUUCUACACGCGUCCCCCAAAACAACCACACAAAGUUUUCCGGGACACCGUGGACGCGCGGACACGCACGAGCGCAGCUUAACGGAGCUUUUACCUGAUUUUUUUUACCACAACCUCCAGCGCCGAGCUCCGGGCCGGUCGAUCCCCCAACGAGCCUCUUGAGAGAACAACACCGGAGGAGGGAGUGGGGUGUCACGGCUAACUCCGCUAACGGCUAGCUAGCUAACCGAACCACCGUGCAAAGUUACCAGUCGACAGGGGAGGGGGGGGGAAAGUGACCGACGCGACGCACCGAACACGGCGACGAAGAUGAAGACCCCGGGAGACUCCGGGUUUGCUUUUCCCGAAUGGGCCUACAAGCCCGAGUCGAGCCCGGGAUCCCGGCAGAUCCAGCUGUGGCACUUCAUCCUGGAGCUGCUGAGGAAGGAGGAGUGCCAUGACGUCAUCGCCUGGCAGGGAGACUACGGCGAGUUCGUCAUCAAGGACCCGGACGAGGUGGCUCGCCUGUGGGGGGCGAGGAAGUGUAAACCACAGAUGAACUACGACAAGCUCAGCCGAGCACUAAGAUACUACUACAACAAGAGGAUCCUCCACAAGACCAAAGGGAAGAGAUUCACCUACAAGUUCAACUUCAACAAACUGGUGCUGGUCAACUACCCCUUCAUCGACAUGGGCACUGGUCGAGGAGUUCCUCAGAGCGCCCCCCCGGUGCCAACAGGAAGCUCCCACUUCCGGUUCCCCCCCUCCACGCCGUCAGACGUCCUCUCCUCCAGCGAGGAGCUGCGCAGCCCGGGCAUGUUCAGCAGCGUGGCCCGGCGUAUGGCCCGGGGCUCGGUGAGCGACUGCAGCGACGGCACCUCCACCAACUCGGAGCUGGAGGAGGGCCUGGGGGCCGACGAGCGAGGCGGGGGGCCGGAGAGGGCCUUCAGGGGCCUGCUGCCCCACCGCAUGCCCCACGACUCUCUGUUCAGGAUCUAUCCGAACCCAGGAGGGCUCUCCAGACCUGCUCCGAGGGUCCACCCAGAUUCUCUGUCCCCGUUCCCUGUGUCCCCCCUGCCUGGCCCCGGGGGCCUCCUGGGCCAAAAUCUGUCCCCCGCUCUGUCCAUGACCCCCACCCCCCACAUGCCCUACACCCCAUCCCCCUCCCUUUCCUCCCCGAUGAUGGGCUCCCACUUUUCCUUCAACCCAGAGGAUAUGAAGCACUACCUGCAGGCCCACACCCAGUCUGUCUACAACUACCACCUCAGCCCCCGAGCCUUCUUCCACUACCCCAACAUCAUCAUCCCUCAGCCCCACCGCCCCACCCUGGAGAAGCCGCCCACCCACCACCUGCACGCGCCCCUGUCGCUCCCUCACUCCCUCGGCCAUCACUCAGCAGUGGGGGAGGAGGGGCCGCCGCAUCCGUCUCCAUUCAAGUUCAAGUUGCAGCCCCCCCCACUCGGGCGCAAGCAGAAGGAAUCGGGAAGCUCGAUGGCUGCUUCCUCCUCCUCCUCCUCCUCCUCCUCCUCCAGCCAGUCGUCCUCGUUCAGUGGCUCCGGGCAGAUGAACAGCUCUCUCCUGGCGCCUCCUCCAAAGAUCAAGGUGGAGCCCAUCUCUGACAUCGAGUCGGAAGAGGAGGUGGAAGUGACUGACAUCAGCGAGGAAGACGAGCUGGAUAACAUCAAUGACAGAGGACACCUCUUCAUCCCAACACCUCAUCAUCACCUGCUCAAGAGCCUUCACCACGCCAACGGGAACGGCAGCUCUGCUCCUCUUCCUCCUCUUCCUCCUCACAGUAACCACCACGACGACGACGAUGACGAUGUCUUCAAGACUCCGGCCACUCCCACCAUUGGCAGCGCCGGCCUGGCCUUCCCUCUGAUUGGUCUGAAGAGCGAGCCGGGCCAGUCGGCGCCCAUCAGCCCCGGCGGCACGCUCUGCAUCCCGCUCAAGCUGCGCUUCAAGCGCCGCUGGAGCGAGGACCAGAAGAUGGAGGCGGACGGAGAGAGGGACGAGGCGGAGGACAAGAAAGUGAGGGCCGAGGGGGAUGUGGAGAGGAAGGCGGAGGAGGCGGGGAGGAGAGGAGGGGAGGUAGAAAAUGGGGGAGGACAAGGAGGAGGAGGAGGAGCGGGGGGUGUUAUUUCGGGGUUGAUGCUGCCACCACCUCCCACCCAGCGUAGAGCGAGCUCCGAGCUGCAGAGGGCCACGGCUCAGCUGUCCCUGGAAAACCCUGGCUGCUGAGCCUCAUGCACACACACACAGACACACACACACAGACUCACACACACACACACACACACAUCACAGUGUUGGCAACAAGUUUCACAUUUUGAUUUAGACCAUAAUGCCUUGUGGGAAACUAAAUGGAGAAAACUAGGUUAUAACAUCAACUUGAGUCUUAUGUAGAAAACAGCUUUUUGUGCAGUCGGUCAUUUUUUAAUCCUCAAAUUUAACAGACAAACUUUUUUCCUCCGUGUUCACGAGAAAGUUGAACUUGUUUCCACAGCGACUCUGAACGUCUGGUCAGCGAGCGGCUGCCAGAUGUUCUGCUCUCUGUGAAACUGAGGCUACAUCUGCACAAGUUUGAGUUUUAACAGGCGUCACGUUCACGUUUUCCAUUCACCCCCCCCACCCCACACCCCCCAAGUGUGUCUGACUCUAAAACAGCAACUCUUGGAAACACAACUGUACUCGUUACAGAUUGAAACCCCCCCGCAGCGCUGUAAGGUGGUUACACACUUUCUGAUUGGUUCUAAUCACCUUCAACUCAAAAUGUGUAAACGACUUCUACCAACGUCUGAUUGGACGAUCCACUUCCUGUUGUCACCGGCGUGUCUCCGGUGUGUUAGUCUGGACGUGGACCUGAAGGACAUGGUUUCAGUUUUAAAACGUUCUCGUGUGGAUGUAGCCGUGUCUGCGCCUGCGUAGCCUCCAGUGUGCGGCAGGGCAUCGAACCCCCGUGUCCCUGGUCCCAGCAGUGUUUCCUCUGUGAUGUCCAACACUACAAGAUGAACUCAGUCUGUAAAGCGACUUCAGUUCUCAAACCAGUGCCCUCAUAGUGCCAGUAACCCCCCCCCCCCCGUGCCAGGACUCUGUCUCUAAUGGGAUUCAAUGGGUCUGUGUGUUUGUGUGGUCCAUCUCUUUAGCGAGGGCAGCAGCAGAUAGACUGAGUUUCUGUGGCUGGUUGGAAGGUGGUGAGCUCCUCCUCGUAACCUCCCUCUCUUCUCUGUGUUCUCUCCUCCUUCAUCUUCAUCACGACAGAGGGACAGACCCGGACGUUACUAAAACACAUUGAACAGCUCUGAUGCAGAAGAGACUCUUUGUCCCAUCAGCCUGCAGGCGUCCACCAGGUGGAGGACAGGGAGCAAAGAGUAAAUACAAAGACACAGAGUCGCACCGAUGGAUCCUCCAGAGAGGGGGUGAGGAUGAUGAAGAGCUGUUAUGGUGGUAACUCGGACACUGGCCUCCUCUUCAUCCUCCUCUCGUUCACCACACUGUACAGAGACGUGAACCGAGGAGGGAUUUGUUCGUGUUGUAGAUUUUGAUGAACUCUUUUUUUUUUUUUCGGUCCCUCGAUCUGAGCACGGCGUCCUCAGACGUUUGUCAGCCAGCGAGUGGAACGUGGUUCUCACUG